GCACAUCAAACAGAGAGAUUCAAAAUUCAAAAUCAAAUCUCCAAAUUUUGGCUGUCAUUCUCUCUCAAGAAAUCACACUUUCCUACUUCCAUCGGUUCUCUCAUGAUUCAUAUUUCUUUAAAAUGAAACCCUAAAUCAGAAAAUCACCAGUGGUGCCGCCGACGAUCUUGCCGGACGUGGAGGAGGAAAAAACCCUAGAAUCGGAAGAGAUCAGUGAUUUUGUUCGUUCACGUCGUUCCUCAUCUUCUUGGUUUCCUUCAUAUCAUAAGUGCAGGUUUAAUGUCAAUUUCUAUCUGAAAUUAAGGGUUGAAGGAUAGUAGAUCUUCAACUGCAACCUCCCUUGCAGCCACGGUGCUUUCAUUAUUUUGUAAACUCUGAGCCUGACUGUAGUAUCUUUCCGACGAGCAAAGUGAAUUCCUGUAGCUGAUAUGAUUGUGAGCUGAGUUGAAAGACGUCAAAGCUGAUAUGUUUCAAGAUGGAGACACAUUUGGGACUUUUAUUAGCCAAGAUGAAGCUGAUUCUAACCUGUUAGAGGCUGCCCACGAAGGAGCUGAUUGGAGUCACUAUUUCCUGCAGUUGCAAGAGGCUGCUGGUGUAUGGCGUUUAAAAGCAAUUGAAGAUGUCAGUGGCUGGAAAGAUAUAACCACUAUGGAGGACAUGGAUCAUGCAGUUCGGGAUAGCCUCAAGGGGUGGAUAUUUGUCUUUGUUGGGAACCACUCACUUUCAAACCCUCUUGAGACUGCAAUAAUUCCUAAAAUGGUUGAUGAAGCUAGAGCAAGGGUUUUAUCUUAGUGCCAGCUGGUGGCGGGGGUAUUGUAGUUGGUGAUGCAGCUGGUGGUGGCACUGCACCCCAGUGGCUGCCGUUGCUGAAAAGAAGGAAUUAAUGGUCGAAGAAAAAGAAGAGUAACCACCGAUACUGUUCUUGGUGAUGUUGAAGAUACACAUGUCAAGUUCUUGCAUAAAGGCAGAUAAACAUGAUGUUUCAAACGAGAUGGUGAGAUCAUUAUUUUGAUCCCCAUGAUUCAAUGAGUGUUAAAAGCAACUAUGAUGGGGAGCAGUCUUUAUAUACUGACACUCCAUUUGCUGAGUUUUAUAAUGCUUGGGAAGGUAAAUGUUUCUUUGUAAUUUGUAUAAAUAUAGUUAAGGGUGGAAAUGGGUAGGUUGGGUAAUGUCAUUUAAUUAUUUUAUUUUUUAAGUUGUUUCUUUUUAUUUAAAACCAAAAUGGCUCUGUUCUGGAUUUACUUUAGCUAUUGUUUUCUAUUUGACCCAUUUGGGUCAAAGUAUGACCCCAAUCAGUCCAUACAUAACUGGAUGAGUUGAACUUGUCACAUUCAGUUAUAACAUUCUCAAAACUGAUGCAUAAUUUUGAAUGAAUAUAAUUCUUGCUGGUUUGUUUGUACCUAUUGUCAUGCAUGAUGAAAAGGAACAAGCGAAGGCUUGGAGUCAAAUUUUUAGUGAAGAAAGGGAUAAAGGGAGCCGACGGUCAGAAAAGGAGCUACUGUAUUUUUUUAAUGGUUUAUUGUAUUACAUGUCGAGCAUUUCUAAAAAUGUGGCAUGCAAUUCUAAAGCGCGGGAACGGGGAGGAACCCAGAGAGUAUGGAUGAAGUCUGCUAUCGUGUGAACAGUUUAGAAGAAAGGCGGCUUCUUGAUGAACGACUGAAAUUGAUUUCGUCGUUUUUCAAGCUAUGGUUGAUGCUCGGUCAGCUUGAGGAACGGUUAGGUAAUUUACUGAUGACUGUCGUUAGGGUCAAUCAAAAACCUAAUUAAACUACGUAUAUAGUGUAAGUAGGGUAUCUUAUCCACGGGGAAUUUGUGGUCAGUGUUAAAGAAAUUAAUUAAAACUAAACUAUCUAAA